GGUUUUAACCCAGUUAACUAAGGUUAGCAUUAAUUUCGACCUUUCGAAAGAUUGUGUUGAAUAACAAUAAUUUUUGGAAUUUUUGGAAAUAUUUUCAGGGUGACAGUGGAGGCAA